CAGUUUAUAAUCAAGGUUGAGAGAACGAGAAAUCGCUAGAUGUAAACACAAUAGGUUCUGUCGAUUUGGUUUUCCUCUCUCUGAAAACCAAAAUGUAUUCUUUAUGCAUCUUUCUUCUCGUUUCAUUUUCCGUAAACACCUUUUCCACGGCACAGCUCGUCGUUAAUGUAAAAACACAGGGUGGUGAAGUCUUCAAAGAAACUAUCACAGCAAAUAUAUCAGAUGAUUCAGUGGUGCUGGAAUUUCCUCAGAGCGAUGGCACUUACGUUACACAGCUCAUUGACUUUAAGCAGGAGCUGCAGAUCUUCAAGGUGAUUGUUUUGGGAGAGGAGGAAUUAGGACAAAGUCAGUUUCAAGUCAUGUGCUUCAUUAUGAGGUUCUUUAAGAAUAAUUUCAUAUCCUCAGAUGCCAUGUCCAAGUUAAGACAAAAAAAUCCUGGCACAGUAAGAUCACCAGAAGAAGACCGUGGCACUGAAGAAGUAGAGAUGGACGUAAGUGUGGAUGUUGCCGGAGCAGGUAUUCUAUCUCCACACAUCCCUCACAUGUGUGCAUUGGCCAGCACGUCUACUUAUGCCUCUGACAGAGACAUUAAACUUUGGGCAACACAGAGAAGAGAAUUAGAUGGCGAUUGGUCUCUAGUCAGCGAUGCAACACACCACCUCCCAACAAGGGGUGUUGCUCGCUGUGCUGAUGGGGGUAGAGAUCUCUCAAGCCCUUGUGCCUGUCAUUAUCAAGUAUGCAUUGCUUGGUAUCCCUGUGGCCUGAAAUACUGCAAAGGAAGAGACAACUCUGGUAAAGCAGUGUCCUACCGUUGUGGCAUCAGAACCUGUCGGAAGUGCCGUAAUUUCAGUUACUUUGUACCACAACGUCAGCUCUGCUUGUGGGACGACUAAUGAGGUUGCAUGUAGAAUAGCCAUACCAGAAUGAUAAAAACAUUGGGUUUUUGAUAUACUGACUAUAAAAGGUUUUAUGAGCCAAUCACUCAGUAUUGCAGAUUUAUAGCAUUUUGAGUGCAACAUGGUUUUCUUUGCAUAUAACUUGGAUCAAAGUUUUGGCAAACAGAAAGAAAAGCCAAACAUUUAUUGAAGUGCAGUAUUGUUUGCGAAAAAAGCAUGUUCCAUAAUUUUUAUUGGAAAGUAAACACGAUGAUAGAUUUCAUGACUUGUUGCCAUAAUUGCCAUUUUUUUGUAACAAUAAAUGUGAGUAUAUACUCAGUAACAUUAGUAAUUACCAAUUUUAAUGUGUGUUCUAAUCGACAAUCUCAUUUGUAGAAAUAAGCUUUAACAAAUAGUUUGAUAUUAUAUUAUGAUACUAAGAUUUAUGUAAAAGCAAGUGAAAACAACUUUAUUUUUUGUUGUGUUUUAUAUCAGGAGAGACAACUUUGAUUGCCAUAUCUGUGCCAUAUAUUCUCCAGCAAUUUUUGUUCUUUGUUCACUGGGGAAAACAGAUAGUUCCUUUGUUUCUAUUCCUAGAAAAGUUUUUGAUAUAUGGUCCUUGUAUUUUUUCACAUAUCAUUCUAAAUGUUUGGUAUAGAAUUAUAAUUAUUGUAUUUUAAUUCUUUGUUAAUAAAACAAAUGCAUUUUCCUGUACAGCCUCUUGCUUACAUAUGUUUUUAUUUUGUGUGUAAUUUUAUAUUGUGCAUAGGAUUAACAUAUAGAAAUUAAAUCUUUGUCUAUGAAAGUUUACUUUUAGAGAGAACAUAAAUAAGAUUAUUUAAUUUUGUAAAUAGUUUGAGCAUAUUAGUUAUUAGCAUUUUGUUCUAUACUUUUAUACUGCAGGUAACCAUUAGUUACGAAGUGCCAUAGGCUUCUUUUAAUAUGCUACUUUUGUAAAGUAGUUUUUUUUUAUAAAUACAAGUUUAUGAGUUCUUCAGCCCAUUUUCUGUAGAAAUUAUAUAUUCCUUAUAUACAUUUUUUAUUCAAGCAUAUCAAAGUACAUACAUACAAAGAAAUGGAACUGUAAUUCAGAAGCAGCUGCUUAUUUUUUGAUAGGCACUGUAAGAAAUUGUGAAAAAGUCUGUGAAUUAAAAUAUUUCUUAAAAAUAGAAAUUCUGGAAUAAAGAAGCACUGUAAAACAU